AUGUCCUCUUGUCCCAAAACUCGUUCUUCAAAGUGGCAUACCUUCAACUCGGUCCCAGGCAAAGGCCGAGUGCAACUGAUCCGUAGGGAACGGCUCCUCAAGUCUGUAGCAGGCCUGGAAGAGUGGUUGAUGCAAGGUGGAGAUGAUGAGGUUGACCUCAUUGCAGAGUUAGCAAGUGUCAUGCUCACCAAAGGCACAUCUGGAGCAAGAGGUGACGACACCAAAAGUCUCAAGGGCAGUGUGCUCAACUGGAUCACCCCAAAGGGACACAGAAUACUGAUGAGCUUGCGAUGUUGGCAGUACAUCAUCAACUGUUGCGGCGCUAGCAAGGGUGAUACUUAUGUUCUUACCAAGCAAUUUGGCCAACAUCUCAUCGACAAUGCGAAGGAAGUGAUUGGUCGUCCUCCGGUGUACAAUGACCGUGUCGUUGCAUAUGAUGUCUCCUUUGUCGGCAUGAUCUUGCCUGGUGAUGAGCUGAAGGUCAACAUCCGCCAUGUCGGCAUGCGCGAUGGCAACAUGGUCGUCAAGGUCGAAAUGUUGAACCAGCGCGAAGAGAAUAUCCUCGAGGGAACUGCAGAGGUUGCGCAGGCUACCACCAUCUACGGCUCACAGGAGCCUGGCAUGGGAAUGGAUUUGUACAACAGCUCCUCCGCUGCUCGCGCAGUCUGGGAAGGAGUUGAUGCACACUUGCUUGCCGUGUAUGGCUUCUCCAUCGUUGAGAUCGUCAAGGACAACCCGAAGGAGAAAACCAUCCACUUUGGUGGUAUCAAGGGUCAGAUUGCGCUAGUCAUGACUGAGAAAGCUGCAUUCGAAGAUAUGUGCGCCAAGGGCUUCGUCCAGAAGAACUGCGCGUUUGCUGGACACUCGCUUGGUGAAUACUCUGCUCUUGCCUCCAUGGCUGAUGUCCUCCAUAUAUUCGCUCUUGUCGAUGUCGUUUUCUAUCGUAGGAUCACGAUGCAGCGGGUUAUCGAGCGUGAUGCUCACAACCGCUCUAACUAUGCCAUGGUCAACAAUACAUUUGUGCUGGAGCUUCUAGCUCUUCAAACGAUGACCAAUGUCUUGAACUACCUGAAAGUUCAGAAGAACGACAUUCACAAGCUGACUGAGCAAUUCACCUGUCGAGAAGGUCAAGGAGAUGCUUGGGGACAUUGUGAUGGAGUGCUUCGAGUGCGCCAAAGAGCAGCAAUGUGCCCUUCCACUCUUGUUACCUCUGGGCUGGUGUCAUGCCCUCCCGUGCAUAAGAUCAACCCGUCGCUUCUUAACCCUGACAUGCUUAUCGGAAAAUACAUCCCGAACUUGGUCGCCAAGCCAUUCGAUAUCACGCGCGAACAUCUUCCCCAUCUCGACAAGGUUCUCAAGAGGUGGGAUCAGGACGAUUGGACAUCCUCUGAGCAGCGUCAGAAACUUGCAUACACUAUUCUCGUCGAACUCCUCUCGUACCAGUUCGCAUCUCCUGUCCAUUGGAUCGAAACCCAGGACUUAUUGUUCACUCAUUAUCACUUCGACCGUUUCAUUGAGCUUGGUCCUUCACCUACGCCUACUGGCAUGGCCACCCGCACUCUCAAGGCCAAAUAUGAGGCGCAAGAUGACACCGUGAGCCGCAAAAUAAUCAUCCUUUGCCACGCCAAGAAUGACCGUGAGAUUUACUACCAGUUUGAAGAUGAAGUUGUCGCGACUCCUGCUGCUGCUGAAGCUCCUGUAGAAUCAACACCUGCCCUCGCAGCUCCUGCUGCUGCACCAACGCCUGUCGUAGCUUCACCUUUGGCUGGUCCCGCUGCCUCCAUUGAGGAUGCCCCCAUCAAGGCCAACAAUAUCCUCAUGUCCAUCAUUGCACAGAAGCUCAAGAAGAAGAUUGAGGAGGUUUCUGUGAGCAAGACCAUUAAAGAUCUCAUCAGCAGCAAGUCGACUCUUCAGAACGAGAUUCUCGGUGAUUUGCAACUUGAAUUAUCAUCUGCACCUGAGAAGGGUGAUGAGCUGCCUUUGGAAGAGCUCGGUUCUGCUCUCAGUGUCGGCCACUCCGGUGCUCUUGGCAAGUACACUUCGGGCUUGGUGUCCUGCUUGAUCGGUGGCAAGAUGCCUGGUGGCUUCACCUCAUCUACCAUCAAUGCGCACUUGGCAAAGACUUGGGGACUGGGAUCAUCACGCGCUGACGGCGUCCUUCUACUCGGAACCACAAUGGAACCUGCGAAAUGUCUCUCUUUGGAGGCUGAGGGCAAGGCGUGGCUUGAUACUGUUGUCACCAUCCAUGCUCAGCAUUCUGGGAUCUCUCUCUCCAGUGGAGGUGCUGGAGGUGCCGGCAGUAGUUCCGGAGGUGGUGCGACCAUCAACAGCAAGGGGUUCCUGAAGUUCCGUGCUGAACAGGAGCAGUUUGCCACUCAGCACGUUGAGCUUGCUCAGUUGCAGAGGGAGAUGCAUGCUCUCGAGGCCGAUGGUAGGGAUGUACACGAGGAAUACGUCUCAUCCUGUGCUACCGAUAUCGAAAAGAAGCUCACGGCAAAUCUCAUCACCUGUCCGAUGGAUUGA